AUGGUGGCUCUCUGGCCACAACGCUUCGGCCCCUCCUUCGGGUCAUGUCCUGCACAAGUCGGCGACAAAGGGUCCUGGACGAGGCGUGAGGCCGACAAGGCGAGCCUCCAAAGCCAGCGCCUGCUCCGGGAGUUCGAGGAGGUGAAGGCUGAGCGCGUUGCCCGGUUCAUGAAGUGCUUCAAGCACAUCGAGGAAAAGAUCAACCCCUACUACAAGGAGUUGACAGCCUACGACGGCUUCGAGGGUGGUUCAGCCUAUCUUGAUCUGGACGAUGCCGAGGAGCCCUACAACGGCGGCAUUACCUUCACAGCCUGCCCGCCGGGCAAACGGUUUUUCCCCAUGGAGCUUCUGUCCGGCGGUGAGCGCUCGAUGGCUUCCAUGGCUCUCCUGUUUGCCCUGCACUCGUUCCGGCCACCUCCAUUCAUGAUCCUGGACGAGGUCGACGCCCCGUUCGACCGCAAGAACACCGGCUCCCUCGUCGCCUACCUCAAGCGGCUCUCCUUCCAGUGCGUGGUCAUCUCCCUCAAGGACACAUUUUUCUCACACAGCGACUCGAUUGUGGGCGUCUACAAGGACAAGGUAAAGCAGACCAGUGGCAUCCUGAGCCUCUCUCUCCGGCGGCUGGGCAAUCUAGCUGAAGGGGAUGGGACGGAG